CCCGAAGCGGGCCGAGCGAGGCCGGAGGGAGACCCGCCGCCGCGUGCAAGCCUGUUCCGCAGCACGCGGGGUCAUGGCGCGGCCGUGAGGCGGACGGGCCGCCGGCGGGGAACGGAGCCCGCAGUGCCAGCCGGUCCGAGAGGCCCGCCCCGGGCCCGGCCCGUGCAGCCCGCGGCCCAUGGUGCUGCCCACCUGCCCCAUGGCGGAGUUCGCGCUGCCGCGACACAGCGCGGUCAUGGAGCGCCUCCGCCGGCGCAUCGAACUGUGCCGGCGCCACCACAGCACCUGCGAGGCCCGCUACGAGGCCGUGUCGCCUGAGCGCCUGGAGCUCGAGCGCCAGCACACCUUCGCCCUGCACCAGCGCUGCAUCCAGGCCAAGGCCAAGCGCGCCGGCAAGCACCGGCAGCCGCCCGCUCCGGCCCCGCGCCUGGACGCCGCCGACGGCCCCGAACACGGUCGCCCGGUCGCGCAUCUUCAUGACACAGUGAAGAGGAAUCUGGAUAGUGCCACCUCCCCUCAGAAUGGUGAUCAACAGAAUGGCUAUGGGGACCUCUUUGGUGGACACAAGAAGACACGCCGGGAAGCCCCUCUGGGAGUUGCUGUCUCUUCCAAUGGCCUGCCUCCAGCAUCCCCCCUUGGACAGCCAGACAAGCCUGGUACUGAGGCCAUGCAAGCCAGUGGGAAGCACCUGCUGGGACUGGACCCCAUCAACAAGAAAUGUCUGCCAGACUCAAGCCUUCACCUGAAUGGAGGCAGCAACCCUAGUGAGUCAUUUUCUCUAAGCCUGAAUAAAGAACUGAAGCAGGAGCCUGUCGACGACCUGCCUUGCAUGAUUGCAGGGGCUGGAGGCUCCAUAUCUCAAAGCAACCUCAUGCCUGACCUCAACCUUAAUGAGCAGGAGUGGAAAGAGCUCAUUGAGGAGUUAAACAGGUCAGUGCCUGAUGAAGACAUGAAGGAUCUGUUCAAUGAGGACUUUGAAGAGAAGAAAGACCCAGAGUCUUCUGGUUCUGCCACACAGACACCUUUGACACAGGACAUUAAUAUUAAGACGGAAUUCUCUCCAGCAGCCUUUGAACAAGAACAGUUAGGCUCCCCACAGGUGAGAGCUGGGUCUGGAGGACAGACCUUUAUGGCACCUUCAUCUGGCCCUACAAGCACAGAUUCAGCUAGCCUAGGGGGCGCUCAGCCUCUGUUCCACACCUCUGGUCAACCUGGGGCAGACAAUCCCAGUCCCAGCCUGAUGUCUGCAUCAGCCCAGGUCCAGAAUGCACAAAGAGCCCUCUCCGGUGUGGUAUUGCCUAGCCAGGGCCCAGGAGGGGCCUCAGAGCUCUCUUCUGCCCACCAGCUCCAGCAGAUUGCAGCCAAGCAGAAGCGGGAACAGAUGCUCCAAAACUCACAGCAGGCCACCUCAGCGCCAGCCCCAGGCCAGAUGUCCACGUGGCAACAGACUGGCCCCUCUCACAGUCCCUUAAGUGUCCCUUAUCCCAUGGAGAAACCUGCUAGCCCUCCCAGCUACAAACAAGACUUCACCAACUCCAAACUACUUAUGAUGCCCAGUAUAAAUAAGAGCUCCCCUCGGCCGGGAGGCCCCUACCUUCAGCCCAGCCAUGUGAAUCUGCUGACACACCAGCCGCCAAGUAACUUGAAUCAGAGUUCUGUGCCUAACCAAGGGUCAGUGCUGGACUACGGCAAUACCAAGCCCCUUUCUCAUUUCAAAGCGGACUGUGGGCAAGGUGGCCCUGGGGUUAGCCAGAGCAAGACGACUCUCAUGGCUUAUCUUCCCCAGCAGCUGCCUCAUCUGAGCAACGAGCAGAACUCCUUGUUUCUGAUGAAAUCAAAGCCAGGAAGUAUGCCCUUCAGAUCACUGGUUCCACCUAGCCAGGAGCAGAGCCCUCCCAAUGUCCCUGUGCCAGCCCAGGCUGCCAGUGUGGGGACCCAGCCACCCACUGCAUCUGUGACCAGCACUCACAGCAACACCCCCUAUCUCAGCAGCCAGCAGCAGGCAGCUGUAAUGAAGCAGCACCAGCUGCUUUUGGACCAACAGAAACAGAGGGAGCAGCAGCAAAAGCAUUUGCAGCAACAGCAAUUCUUGCAAAGGCAGCAACACCUCCUGGCUGAGCAGGAAAAGCAGCAGUUUCAGCGCCAUCUGACCCGCCCACCACCCCAGUACCAAGACCCGACUCAGAGCACCUUCCCACAGCAGGUCGGACAGUUCACAGGGACUUCUACUGCUGUGCCUGGCAUGAACAACUUGGGUCCCUCUAACUCCAGCUGUCCUCGAGUGUUCUCUCAGCCUGGAAAUCUGAUGCCAAUGGGCCCUGGACACACUUCGGUUUCCUCUCUCCCUUCAAACUCAGGCCAGCAAGACCGGGGUGUGGCUCAGUUCUCUGGCUCCCAAAGCUUGUCGCAGAGCAGUCUAUACGGCAUGGCCUCCGGCAUAACCCAAAUAGUUGCCCAGCCCCCACCACAGGCCACCAAUGGACAUGCCCACCUUCCACGGCAGACCAGUGUGGGACAGAAAACCUCAGUUUCAGCUGCAUAUGGGCAGAACUCUCUGGGGAGCUCUGGCCUCCCCCAGCAGCACAAUAAGGGGACCCUGAACUCUGGUUUAACUAAACCACAGGUCUCAAGGGUGUCAGCAGCCAUGGGAGGACAGAAUCCUUCAUGGCAACAUCAGGGAAUGCCAAAUCUGAGUGGGCAAACCCCAGGGAACAACACUGUCAGCCCCUUCACUGCGGCAUCUGGUUUCCACAUGCAGCAAGCACACCUGAAAAUGCCUAGCCCACAGUUCUCCCAAGGGAUGCCCAGCAGGCCUUUGGCCCCCAUGAGCUCAACCACUGCAGUGGGGUCCAUGCUGCCCACUGUGAGUGCACAGCAGAGAACCAGUGCCCCCCCCCCAACACCUCCCCAGGGAGCCCCACAGCAGGGCUUACCAGGCCUGAGCCCAGCUGGACCUGAGCUGGGAGGCUUCAACCAGAGUCCCGCUCAACCUAUAGGAGGUCGAUCAGGGCUCCACUGCCCCCAGGCCUAUCCUGUGCGGACCUCGGGCCAGGAGUUGCCCUUUGCCUACAGUGGGCAGGCAGGCAGCAGCGGGCUGUCCAGCAUGACUGGAGACACCGACCUGAUUGACUCCCUGCUGAAGAACAGGACUUCAGAAGAGUGGAUGAAUGAUUUGGAUGAUCUUUUAGGGCCUCAGUAACAGGAGGAUUUGUUUUCAGUAUUCAUACAUCCUGUUUUUGUUCUCAGAUUCAAGAAAGAGCAACUUCUUUGGACCAAAAACCCACAACCUGGGGAGCUGGGUGGGUAGAGCCAGAGCCCCAGGGCUGAGGCUUGGCCCUGGCCAGGUCCUCAGGGCCCACCUUGAGCCAGCAGUUGUGGUCCGUCGGGCUGGUCCCAGCCCAUCUGCUGGCGUCUUUACCUGGUGCUGGAACAGCAGGACAGGCUUCUACAGGUGGUUUUCUAUCCAAGUGACCAAAAACCAGCAGUGACAACAACAAAACCCUAUCAUGUCAGGCUUACAGAAAUCUGUGUGGUCAUAUUGACUUAGUCCAAGAUGUCUCCACUUGCCCCAUGUCGGAGACAAAUACAUAGCAGAUCUGUUUGCAGUUUGUAGCAUAGAAAAAAUUAAAUUUUUAAAAAAGCUUUUAUAACAGGUUAGGAUAGGUGGUGGUUUAAAUUGACUAAGUGGAAUUGGAAACCUAGGGUUUCCUUCUGAUUGGGAGUCUUAUUCUUGCGUUGUCAGCUUUCAGGGGGAAGGGAGGGUCAUUGGAAAAUCAUUUCCGUAAGUGCAGGCUGUGACUGCAUGUGCCAAAAAGGAACAGGAUGCCAUGAGGUAGUUGAGCUGGUGACAGAUGUGGUCUUUCCAGAAGCUCCUUUGCCCAGAGUGCUGUGCUUCCGUAUUGGUGUUUACCAGCCUCUGGCCCCCAAGGACUCCUCCUCCCAUGUGACAGUGGAAGGAUCCCAGAUAGUCCCCCAGAUAAUGCUAAAACUGAGUAUUUGGGGUUCUUAUAUCUUCUUUUGUUAUAACUUCUACCUUCUGCAGUUUCCCUCAAAACUUGUAUUUAACCUAUUGAGAAGGUGAUCUUGCUGAAUUGUGCACAAAUGUCUCCUUUACCCUAGCAUCAUUUCCCAUGAGUACUUUUCCGCCUCCCCUUCUGACUCCUUGCCCCCAGCUCACCCAGAAAACUUCUUUAAGGCAACUGUGUAUUUGAUUGGACAGAGAAGAGGCAUUUAAAUUCCCUAGGGAACUGAAGCCUUGUCGGGAUGAGGUGUCUCCUCCCCAGAAGGCAGUGGUCUGGAGGAAGGAGAAAAACAGGUGUGCCCUGUUGGGUAGGGAAACUGCAGGCCAGGCCCAGAGGAAGGAAUUCCACUUUGUUUUACUACUUCUGCCACUCCCAGGUCAGAUGCCUUGCACUUUUUAGAGGAUUGCUUUAUAACACUAAUAAUGUCCUUUCUAAAGAAUCAAAUGGAUUUCUCUUUUAAGGUCUAUGAAUCAGUGGACUUGACUAAGCUGAGAGUCCACAAAGCAGAGUAUUAGGUGUGUACUGUUUGUGGAAGACGAAGGUGGAGAGCACUUUCGUGUAAUGUGAGCAAGAUGGUAAGCACGGGUGAGACCCUUCUACAUAGAGCGCUGGAGAGAAAGUAAGUACACUGAGGAGAGUGGCUUGUAUAGGCGGAGUGUUUUCAGGAGAAACCACAAUCCCAUUUCUGUUUUCCUGGACACUCAAAUCAUGAAAAGAAUGUCACACAAAAAGACUUGAGCUAUGGAGAAUAUUCACACAACCAGCCUGAGUAGCUUUGAUGGGAUGAGGGUCAUACACACAUGGGUAAUCAAUUUGCACCAGCAGUGCCUUUCAUGGGGGUACUUGCACCCUCAGAUCCUCUUCUCUAAUAGCCAUUUGCCACCACAGGUGGUAUUUGGGCCAUUUCCCCUUUAGAUGCCCUCCCUGCCUUUCCCAGAUGCCCAAUUUAGUCUCAAAGAAGGGAACGAAUCAUAAAGGCAGUGAAGACUCUACCACUGGGCUGAGUUCCCCAAUCUGAAGGGUAAGAAGGUGACUUGAGCAGGUUCUCUACCAAAAAUAGGGGGUUGAAGGCUGGUGAUGAGUCCUGUUCCUCUCCUGGUCGCCCUCUGGCCGCUGCUCACCUCUGUCCCUGGGCACGCCACCUACCCUCCUGGGGCGGCCCUGCCUUAGUCCUUGGCUGCCUAGAUGGACCGCACGCUCCUCACCUGCUGUGGGGUCAGAGCAAUAAAAUGUGAUGCUGGGGUCUUUCCAGGGAGCUGCCCGUGGCUUUAUUUAUGAACCUGUUUUGGGGGUGGUCAGGGGAGGAGCCAGCUCCCCUUCAAUGUAGAUCCCCAUUUUUCAGGAGCCAUGACUCAAAAAGGGUGCUCGGACUUUUGUUAUACAUAUUUGCUUUGUGUAAAUAAAUGUUUACAAUUUUAUAUUAAAGAUGGAAUAAGCGUUAGAGCUUCUGACUGUAUAUUUUUUACUUUUAUAGAUUUUAAAACUAUGAUCCUUUAUAUAUGUGUUUGGGGGGAGCUAUAAGUUUUAUGGCAAACAGUUGGUAUUGUUAACUUUUUAUUGUCAUCAAAAUACAUUAAAAAUCCUAUUAAUUCCCUUAUUCUUCUACUUCCUUUAA